CCAGACCGGCGCGGCGCCCCGGGCACCCAGGAACUGACCGCAGAGGAGCCGGAUCCGCGCCCCUGGCUGGACGGACGCGCUUUGGCGACAGGGUGCCUGACCCGGGGUCAGGAUCUUCGAGCAAGACAUGUCUGACAAAAUGUCGAGUUUCCUGCAUAUCGGAGACAUUUGUUCCCUGUACGCCGAGGGGUCGACAAAUGGAUUUAUCAGCACCUUGGGGCUGGUCGACGAUCGCUGUGUUGUGCAGCCGGAAACGGGGGACCUGAACAAUCCACCCAAGAAGUUCCGAGACUGCCUCUUCAAGCUCUGCCCCAUGAACCGCUACUCCGCGCAGAAGCAGUUCUGGAAGGCGGCCAAGCCGGGCGCCAACAGCACCACGGACGCCGUGCUGCUCAACAAACUGCACCUUCCCGGUGAGCUGGGCCCCCACUUUACCUGCUGGGAGGAGCCGCAGAGGGUCAGCCUCGCCGACACCCUCCUGUUCCCCGGGUUUCAGCUGCUGCACCUGAAGAGUAACAAGUACCUGACCGUGAACAAGAGGCUGCCCGCCCUGCUGGAGAAGAAUGCCAUGAGGGUGACGCUGGACGAGGCGGGCAACGAGGGCUCCUGGUUCUACAUCCAGCCCUUCUACAAGCUGCGGUCCAUCGGGGACAGUGUGGUCAUAGGUGACAAGGUCGUCCUGAACCCCGUCAAUGCUGGCCAGCCCCUACACGCCAGCAGCCACCAGCUGGUGGACAACCCAGGCUGCAACGAGGUCAAUUCUGUCAACUGCAACACCAGCUGGAAGAUCGUGCUUUUCAUGAAGUGGAGCGACAACAAGGAGGACAUACUGAAGGGGGGGGACGUGGUGAGGCUGUUCCACGCCGAGCAGGAGAAGUUCCUCACCUGCGACGAGCAUCGGAAGAAGCAGCACGUGUUCCUGCGCACCACCGGCCGGCAGUCGGCCACGUCCGCCACCAGCUCCAAGGCCCUGUGGGAGGUGGAGGUGGUGCAACACGACCCCUGCCGCGGCGGAGCGGGGUACUGGAACAGCCUCUUCCGGUUCAAGCACCUGGCCACAGGGCACUACCUAGCGGCAGAGGUAGACCCUGACUUUGAGGAAGAGUGCCUGGAGUUUCAGCCCUCAGUGGACCCCGACCAGGACGCCUCUCGGAGCAGGCUGCGAAACGCCCAGGAGAAGAUGGUGUACUCGCUGGUCUCCGUGCCCGAAGGCAACGACAUCUCCUCCAUUUUUGAGCUAGACCCCACCACUCUCCGCGGAGGCGACAGCCUUGUCCCCAGGAACUCCUACGUCCGGCUCCGACACCUGUGCACCAACACCUGGGUGCACAGCACCAACAUCCCCAUCGACAAGGAGGAGGAGAAGCCUGUGAUGCUGAAGAUCGGCACCUCGCCCGUCAAGGAAGACAAGGAGGCGUUUGCUAUCGUGCCCGUCUCCCCCGCCGAGGUCCGGGACCUGGACUUCGCCAACGAUGCCAGCAAGGUGCUGGGCUCCAUAGCCGGGAAGCUGGAGAAGGGCACCAUCACGCAGAACGAAAGGAGGUCGGUCACCAAGCUGCUCGAGGACUUGGUUUACUUUGUCACCGGUGGGACCAACUCCGGUCAGGAUGUGCUCGAAGUGGUCUUCUCCAAGCCCAACCGCGAGCGGCAGAAGCUGAUGCGGGAGCAGAAUAUCCUCAAGCAGAUCUUCAAGCUGCUGCAGGCCCCGUUCACGGACUGCGGCGACGGCCCGAUGCUGCGGCUGGAGGAGCUGGGGGACCAGCGGCACGCCCCGUUCAGGCACAUCUGCCGGCUCUGCUACCGGGUGCUCAGGCACUCCCAGCAGGACUACCGGAAGAACCAGGAGUACAUCGCCAAGCAGUUCGGCUUCAUGCAGAAGCAGAUCGGCUACGACGUGCUGGCCGAGGACACCAUCACCGCCCUGCUGCACAACAACCGGAAGCUGCUGGAGAAGCACAUCACGGCGGCCGAGAUCGACACCUUCGUCAGCCUGGUGCGGAAGAACCGGGAGCCCAGGUUCCUAGAUUACCUGUCCGACCUCUGCGUGUCCAUGAACAAGUCCAUCCCGGUGACCCAGGAGCUGAUAUGCAAAGCUGUGCUGAACCCAGCCAACGGCGACAUCCUCAUCGAGACCAAGCUGGUUCUGUCUCGGUUCGAGUUCGAGGGGGUCUCCUCCGGGGAGAAUGCCCUGGAAGCCGGCGAAGACGAGGAGGAGGUGUGGUUGUUCUGGAGAGACAGCGGCAAGGAGAUCCGCAGCAAGAGCGUGCGGGAGCUGGCGCAGGACGCGAAGGAAGGGCAGAAGGAGGACCGCGACGUGCUCAGCUACUACCGGUACCAGCUGAACCUCUUUGCCAGGAUGUGUCUCGACCGCCAGUACCUGGCCAUCAACGAGAUAUCGGGCCAGCUGGACGUGGACCUGAUCCUGCGCUGCAUGUCGGACGAGAACCUGCCCUACGACCUGCGGGCCUCCUUCUGCCGGCUCAUGCUGCACAUGCACGUGGACCGGGACCCCCAGGAGCAGGUCACGCCUGUCAAAUACGCCCGCCUCUGGUCGGAGAUCCCGUCCGAGAUCGCCAUCGACGACUAUGACAGCAGCGGGACCUCCAAAGAUGAAAUUAAGGAGAGGUUUGCACAGACCAUGGAGUUCGUGGAGGAGUAUUUAAGAGACGUGGUUUGUCAGAGGUUUCCCUUCUCUGACAAGGAAAAGAACAAGCUCACGUUUGAGGUUGUAAAUUUAGCGAGGAAUCUCAUAUACUUUGGUUUCUACAACUUCUCCGACCUUCUGCGAUUGACCAAGAUCCUCCUGGCCAUCCUGGACUGCGUGCACGUGACCACAGUCUUCCCUGUCAGCCCGAUGGCGAAAGGAGAGGAGAGCAAAGGCAGUAACGUGAUGCGGUCCAUCCAUGGGGUCGGGGAGCUGAUGACCCAGGUGGUGCUCCGGGGAGGGGGCUUUCUGCCCGUGACCCCCAUGGCCGCCGCCCCCGAAGGCAACGUGAAACAGACAGAGCCGGAGAAGGAGGACAUCAUGGUCAUGGACACCAAGCUGAAGAUCAUCGAGAUCCUCCAGUUUAUCUUGAACGUGAGGUUGGACUACAGGAUCUCCUGCCUCCUGUGUAUAUUCAAGCGGGAGUUUGACGAAAGCAAUUCCCAGACUUCGGAAACGUCCUCCGGGAGCAGCAGCCAGGAGGGGCCCAGCAACGUGCCGGGUGCUCUGGACUUUGAACACAUCGAGGAGCAGGCGGAGGGCAUCUUCGGAGGAAGUGAGGAGAACACCCCGCUGGACCUGGACGACCACGGUGGCAGGACCUUCCUCCGGGUCCUGCUGCACCUGACGAUGCAUGACUACCCACCCCUGGUGUCGGGGGCCCUGCAGCUGCUCUUCCGACACUUCAGCCAGAGGCAGGAGGUCCUGCAGGCCUUCAAACAGGUUCAACUGCUCGUUACCAGCCAAGACGUCGACAACUACAAGCAAAUCAAGCAGGACUUGGACCAGCUGAGGUCCAUCGUGGAGAAGUCCGAGCUCUGGGUGUACAAGGGGCAGGGCCCUGACGAGACCAUGGACGGUGUGUCUGGAGAAAACGAACAUAAGAAGGCGGAGGAGGGGAACAACAAGUCCCAGAAGCACGAGAGCACCAGCAGCUACAACUACAGGGUGGUCAAGGAGAUCUUGAUCCGGCUCAGCAAGCUGUGCGUGCAGGAGAGCGCGUCCCUGCGCAAGAGCCGCAAGCAGCAGCAGCGGCUGCUCAGGAACAUGAGCGCGCACGCUGUGGUGCUGGAGCUGCUGCAGAUCCCCUAUGAGAAGGCAGAGGACACCAAGAUGCAGGAGAUAAUGCGGCUGGCGCACGAGUUUCUGCAGAACUUCUGCGCGGGCAACCAGCAGAACCAGGCCCUGCUGCACAAGCACAUCAACCUGUUUCUCAACCCUGGGAUCCUGGAGGCGGUGACGAUGCAGCACAUCUUCAUGAACAACUUCCAGCUGUGCAGCGAGAUCAACGAGCGGGUGGUCCAGCACUUCGUGCACUGCAUCGAGACCCACGGCCGCAACGUGCAGUACAUCAAGUUCCUGCAGACCAUUGUCAAGGCCGAGGGGAAGUUCAUCAAGAAGUGCCAGGACAUGGUCAUGGCGGAGCUGGUGAACUCCGGGGAGGACGUCCUCGUCUUCUACAACGACAGGGCGUCCUUCCAGACGCUGAUCCAGAUGAUGCGGUCGGAGCGGGACCGCAUGGACGAGAGCAGCCCGCUCAUGUACCACAUCCACCUGGUGGAGCUGCUGGCCGUGUGCACCGAGGGCAAGAACGUCUACACCGAGAUCAAGUGCAACUCGCUGCUCCCGCUGGACGACAUCGUCCGCGUGGUCACCCACGAGGACUGCAUCCCCGAGGUGAAAAUCGCCUACAUCAACUUCCUGAACCACUGCUACGUGGACACCGAGGUGGAGAUGAAGGAGAUUUACACCAGCAACCACAUGUGGAAGCUGUUCGAGAAUUUCCUUGUGGACAUCUGCAGGGCCUGCAAUAACACGAGCGACCGGAAGCACGCGGACUCCAUCCUGGAGAAGUACGUGACCGAGAUCGUCAUGAGCAUCGUGACGACCUUCUUCAGCUCGCCCUUCUCGGACCAGAGCACCACGCUGCAGACCCGCCAGCCCGUGUUCGUGCAGCUGCUGCAGGGCGUGUUCCGCGUGUAUCACUGCAACUGGCUGGCGCCCGGCCAGAAGGCCUCGGUGGAGGGCUGCAUCCGCGUGCUCUCCGACGUGGCCAAGAGUCGGGCCAUCGCCAUCCCUGUGGACCUGGACAGCCAGGUCAACAACCUCUUCCUCAAGUCCCACAACAUCGUGCAGAAGACGGCCCUGAACUGGCGGCUGUCGGCCCGCAACGCGGCUCGCCGGGACUCGGUGCUGGCGGCUUCCAGGGACUACCGGAACAUCAUCGAGAGGCUGCAGGACAUCGUCUCGGCGCUGGAGGACCGGCUGCGGCCCCUGGUCCAGGCGGAGCUGUCGGUGCUGGUGGACGUGCUGCACAGGCCCGAGCUGCUCUUCCCGGAGAACACCGACGCCAGGAGGAAGUGCGAAAGCGGGGGCUUCAUCUGCAAGCUGAUCAAGCACACCAAGCAGCUGCUGGAGGAGAACGAGGAGAAGCUCUGCAUCAAGGUCCUGCAGACGCUCAGGGAGAUGAUGACGAAGGACCGCGGCUACGGAGAGAAGGGCGAGGCGCUCAGGCAGAUUUUGGUCAACCGUUACUAUGGAAACGUCAGACCGUCCGGAAGAAGAGAGAGCCUCACUAGCUUCGGCAACGGCCCGCUGUCGCCAGGAGGACCCAGCAAGCCCGGGGGCGGAGGGGGAGGCUCCGGGUCCGGCUCCGUGAGCAGGGGCGAGAUGAGCCUGGCUGAGGUGCAGUGCCACCUGGACAAGGAGGGCGCCUCCAACCUGGUCAUCGACCUCAUCAUGAACGCGUCCAGCGACCGAGUGUUCCACGAGAGCAUCCUCCUGGCCAUCGCCCUCCUGGAAGGAGGCAACACCACCAUACAGCAUUCCUUCUUCUGCCGGCUGACGGAAGAUAAGAAGUCGGAGCGGUUCUUCAAGGUUUUCUACGACCGAAUGAAGGUGGCCCAGCAGGAGAUCAAGGCAACUGUGACAGUGAACACCAGUGACCUGGGGAACAAAAAGAGAGACGACGAGCUGGACAGGGACGCCCCGUCCCGGAAAAAAGCCAAAGAGCCCCCGACGCAGAUAACGGAGGAGGCGCGCGACCAGCUCCUGGAGGCCUCGGCCGCCACCAGGAAGGCCUUCACCACCUUCCGGAGGGAGGCCGACCCCGACGACCACUACCCGCCUGGGGAGGGCACGCCGGCCGCGGCGGACAAGGCCAAGGACGAGCUGGAGAUGAGCCCGGUGAUCAGCAUCAUGCAGCCCAUCCUGCGCUUCCUGCAGCUCCUGUGCGAGAACCACAACCGCGACCUGCAGAACUUCCUCCGCUGCCAAAACAACAAGACCAACUACAACCUGGUGUGUGAGACGCUGCAGUUCCUGGACUGCAUCUGCGGCAGCACCACGGGCGGCCUGGGGCUGCUGGGGCUCUACAUCAACGAGAAGAACGUGGCCCUCAUCAACCAGACCCUGGAGAGCCUCACCGAGUACUGCCAGGGGCCCUGCCACGAGAACCAGAACUGCAUCGCCACCCACGAGUCCAACGGCAUUGACAUCAUCACGGCCCUGAUCCUGAACGACAUCAACCCCCUGGGGAAGAAGAGAAUGGACCUCGUGCUGGAGCUGAAGAACAACGCCUCGAAGCUGCUGCUGGCCAUCAUGGAGAGCAGGCACGACAGCGAGAACGCCGAGCGCAUCCUCUACAACAUGCGGCCCAAGGAGCUGGUGGAGGUGAUCAAGAAGGCCUACAUGCAGGGGGAGGCGGAGGGCGAGGGUGGCGAGGACGGCGAGGACGAGGAGGGCGGCGAGGGCGGUGAGGACGGCGCCUCGCCCCGGAACGUGGGCCACAACAUCUACAUCCUGGCGCACCAGCUGGCUCGGCACAACAAGGAGCUGCAGAGCAUGCUGAAGCCGGGGGGCCAGGUGGAUGGAGACGAAGCGCUGGAGUUCUACGCCAAGCACACGGCCCAGAUCGAGAUUGUCAGGCUGGACCGGACCAUGGAGCAGAUCGUCUUCCCCGUGCCCAGCAUAUGCGAGUUCCUGACCAAGGAGUCCAAGCUGCGCAUCUACUACACCACAGAGCGGGACGAGCAGGGAAGCAAGAUCAACGACUUCUUCCUGCGCUCCGAGGACCUCUUCAACGAGAUGAACUGGCAGAAGAAGCUCCGAGCCCAGCCCGUGCUGUACUGGUGUGCCCGCAACAUGUCCUUCUGGAGCAGCAUCUCCUUCAACCUGGCCGUGCUCAUGAACCUGCUUGUCGCCUUCUUCUACCCCUUCAGAGGCGCCCGCGGAGGGACGCUGGAGCCGCACUGGUCAGGGCUGCUGUGGACGGCAAUGCUCGUCUCGCUGGCCAUCGUCAUCGCGCUCCCCAAGCCCCACGGCGUCCGCGCCCUGAUCGCCUCCACGAUCCUGCGGCUGAUCUUCUCCGUGGGGCUGCAGCCCACGCUCUUUCUCCUGGGAGCCUUCAACGUCUGCAAUAAGAUCAUCUUUCUGAUGAGCUUCGUGGGCAACUGCGGCACCUUCACCCGGGGCUACCGUGCCAUGGUCCUGGACGUCGAGUUCCUCUACCACCUGCUGUACCUGCUGAUCUGCGCCAUGGGGCUCUUUGUCCACGAGUUCUUCUACAGCCUGCUGCUCUUCGACUUGGUGUACCGCGAGGAGACCCUGCUCAACGUCAUCAAGAGCGUGACCCGCAACGGGCGCUCCAUCAUCCUGACGGCGGUGCUGGCGCUCAUCCUGGUCUACCUCUUCUCCAUCGUGGGCUACCUGUUCUUCAAAGACGACUUCAUCCUGGAGGUGGACCGGCUGCCCAACGACACCGCCCUCCCAGAAGCCGGCGAGAGCUUGGCCAGCGAGUUGCUGUACUCGGGCGUGUGCAGGGUGGGCACCGGAGAGAACUGCUCCUCUCCUGAACCCGAGGAAGAGCUGCUCCCCGCCGCCGAGGAGACGGAGCAGGACCAGGAGCACACGUGCGAGACCCUGCUGAUGUGCAUCGUCACCGUGCUGAGCCACGGGCUGCGGAGCGGGGGCGGCGUGGGCGACGUGCUCAGGAAGCCGUCCAAAGAGGAGCCCCUGUUCGCCGCCAGAGUCAUCUACGACCUCCUGUUCUUCUUCAUGGUCAUCAUCAUCGUGCUGAACCUCAUCUUUGGGGUGAUCAUCGACACCUUCGCCGACCUGAGGAGCGAGAAGCAGAAGAAGGAGGAGAUCCUCAAGACCACAUGCUUCAUCUGCGGCUUGGAAAGAGACAAGUUCGACAACAAGACUGUCACCUUUGAGGAGCACAUCAAGGAAGAGCACAACAUGUGGCACUACCUGUGUUUCAUCGUGCUGGUCAAGGUCAAGGACUCCACGGAGUACACCGGGCCCGAGAGCUACGUGGCAGAAAUGAUCAAGGAAAGGAACCUCGACUGGUUCCCCCGGAUGAGAGCCAUGUCCUUGGUCAGCAGCGACUCGGAGGGCGAGCAGAACGAGCUGAGGAACCUGCAGGAGAAGCUCGAGUCCACCAUGAAGCUGGUCACCAACCUCUCUGGCCAGCUGUCCGAGCUGAAGGACCAGAUGACAGAACAAAGGAAGCAGAAGCAGAGAAUCGGCCUUCUAGGACAUCCUCCGCACAUGAACGUCAACCCCCAGCAGCCCGCGUGAGCGAGGAGCCGGGCGUGGGGUUUACCUCUAAGAUCACCAGUGGGCGUGGCUCCUUGGCUCUGACGCCCCCGGGGGCGCUGGUUGCGCUGAGCACAUGUGUAAAUACCCAGUUUUAUACUGUAUGUAUAUGAUCGCUACUCUCAAGGUCUGGAUAUAUGUAUUGUAAUUAGACUGUUGGCAUGAUGGAAUUUCUAUUUGUGCCAGAAAAUAUUAAAAAUGCCUUUUUUGGAAGGACUAAAGAAAGCACCUGAUUUGCACUUGAACCAGAGUAUAGAUUUAAAACUAUAUGACAUGUAUUUUGUAUUUAAAACUAGCCUAGCCAGUAUUUAUGUUUUUUAUAAAACUGUGCAAUACGGAUUAUGCGAUCACAACGGAUUUGUAACUCCCGGGUGUCCUAGAGGGAGCGCACAUCUUUGGAGCUGGUGUGUCAAUACUAUGUUAUAAAUAUCAAAUGAUGCUGCUGCCAAAAUCAUGUUACUAGUGAGUUUCAGGCCCUUGGGCACUUUAUACCGUGAUUCUCUGUGCUGAUACUGUUUCCCGCUGCUAGUGGCGUCUGCUCCAAGGCCAAGGCUACAAAGUAGCAAGUCCACAUUCAUUUUAAGAAAAGCAACUUUAGCUCCAGAGAUACUUUUAAGCUUCUGAAUUGAUUGUUUAAACUAUGUCUUUGAGCAAGAGCUAGAUUAGAGGCUCAGACUUUAGCUUGAGAAGUUAAUGGGUUUUUUUUAAAGGGAACUUUUUAGGCAGCAUCUGGGUGAAUGCAGACUGCUGGCCAAUCAGUGUCAUCUCCUAGGUGAAUUUUGGUGUCAUGCUGUAAAGAAUAAAUAAUUGAUGGUUUCUAGAUUAUCUAGUCCAAACAGUAGAUUCUUUUUCUCUUCAUCUGAACCAACAUGCUAUGGUAGCUACGAGGUAUUAGCAUAGUAUAAUCCAUAAAAAGACGAAACGGGACCGAUCCCCAUUAGAGCUCAGAGUUGAACACUGACAUGUUAUUCUUGUGAAAGAGCCACGUUUUGGUUUUAUUUCUUUGUCACAUGAUUUCUUCUGUUGAUGGAUGAAGAGUGUGAAAGGAAACUUGUAUCUGUUGCUCAGUUUUGUACCCGGAUCUCAUUUUACAAGAGAAUCUCUCUGCAAAAAAAAAAAAGCUAAAAAAUGUGUUGAGAGCAGCAUUCCAAGCGAGUGAAGUUUGUAAAUGCGUAUGUAAGGAUAAAUAUUUAAUAAACGAUGCAGAACCUA